GAAUCAUUUUGCUCCUCCAAUGUAGGAGUUGCCCAUGAAGAAUGAUUAAGAGGGAAAAAAAAAAAAAAGCAAGCAAGAGUGAGAGGGAGUGUGUGUGUGUGUGCACAAAUUAAGGUUGGGAAAGAGGGAGUGGUGUCAAUGAGCAGGGAAGCUAACAGAGUCUUCUGCUCGGCAAGGUUUCACCGUGGGUAGCUAGUUCUUCGCACUGUACCCAUUUCAUUGAUUCGUUUACCAGGAUUAUAGCCUUGCAAAGAUGACAAUGGACGCUUUGCAACUAGCGAACACUGCCUUUGCAGUUGAUAUGUUCAAAAAACUGUGCGAGAAGGACAAAACAGCCAAUAUUAUUUUUGCCCCACUGUGUACCUCAACGUCUCUGGCUCUGGCAUAUAAAGCGACGAAAGGUGAUACUGCAGAUCAAAUGAAACAGGUACUCCAUUUGCAAGAUGUCAAAGAUGUUUCUUUUGGGUUUCAAACAGUAACUUCAGAUGUUUCCAAACUCAGCUCUUUUUUUGCACUGAAAAUGGUCAAACGGCUCUUUGUAGACAAGUCUCUUAAUCCUACCACAGACUUUGUCAACUCCACAAAGAGGCCUUUUCCAUCUGAACUGGAACUAGUGGAGUUCAAAGAAAAAACUGAGGAAACCCGACAGAAGAUCAACAAGUGUCUUUCAGAGCUAACUGAUGGCAAAAUGGAGAAUAUUUUGAAUGAGGAUAGUGUAAGUGACCAGACUCAGAUCCUCCUAGUUAAUGCAGCUUAUUUUGUCACAAACUGGAUGAAGAAGUUCCCAGAGGCAGAGAUCAAAGAAUGUCCUUUUAAAGUCAACAAGACUGAAACUAAACCAGUGCAAAUGAUGAAUCUGGAAGCUACUUUUUGCCUGGGCUAUGUAAAAGAAUUAAAUGUGGCCAUCCUCGAGCUUCCAUGCCUUAACAAACAUAUAAGCAUGCUCAUUCUGCUGCCCAAAGAGAUUGAAGAUGAGACCACUGGCUUGGAGCAGCUGGAAAAGGCACUCACCCCCGAGACAUUAUUACAGUGGACCAAUCCCAGCAUGAUGGCCAACACCAAAGUGAAUGUAUUUCUUCCAAAGUUUAGUGUGGAAGGUGAUUAUGACCUGAAGCCUCUUCUGGAAAGCCUGGGAAUGACAAACGUCUUCAAUGAGAGUGCAUCAGAUUUCUCUGAGAUGUGUGAGACAAAAGGUGUGGUUUUGUCAAAGAUCAUCCAUAAAGUCUCUUUGGAAGUUAAUGAACAAGGUGGCGAGUCCCGAGAGGUACCAGGAUAUCGGAUUCUGCAACACAAAGAUGAAUUUAAAGCUGACCAUCCAUUUAUAUUUUUGUUUAGGCACAACAAAACUCGCAGCGUGAUUCUUUCAGGCCGUUUCUGUUCCCCUUAAGCAGGGUGUAUUCAUUAUGAAAAAGCACAAUUACAUCCUUGGUGGUGCAUGUUCCUGUAAAGCUUGGCAUCCUGACUAUCAUCUUUGAAAGGAAAUCUAAGAGGUUCAUAUAUCAGCUGGGUAAUACAAUGUACUCUACAUAUGCAGCAGAACUAGUUUAUCUCCUUAUGUUUCAUCCCCUUAAGCUGAAGGAUUCCCACUGUGAAGAACACAUCGUAUUUUACUGAGAAGUAUCCCAGCCUCAGCAACAAGUAUAUUUUGUUCCUCUGUGACAUCUCUUUCCCAAAAUGAAGUGAACUGAGAGCCCAUUUUAGAUAGACCAGGAGUUGGAAAGGGCUCUGAGAGGAAGAGCUACAUUCCUGCUUCCUAGCCAAACCACUCUCCCUCGUGACCCACGCUCUGUGGAUUCCUACUGCCUAGAAGGGGAAAAUGUGGACACGUGGUGUGAUAGCCCUCCCCUUGUACCUGGCCACACUGUGGUGGUCCAGGGUGCCCUACUGGACCCUGCCAAUGCCCAGUGAAACAGUGCCCAAGUUCUGCAGUGUAGCUAGACAACUCAGGCUAGCAUCAGAGUUUGCAUCUGUGAAACAGCAGCUGCACUGAGACCUAUGGAUGCAAGAGGCAAUAAUCAUGGUGACAAGAUGUACGCCUAGAAGACUCUUCAGCAUGAGCUACGUCAGUUCAUAGAUUGGGGAAGCUGGACUCUGCUGUGUGGGAUUUUUUGACUCAUUGCCCUUCAGAUAUGGAAGACGGUAACAGUUCACUGCAGCUACAAGGAGCUCUGUUGUAUAUAUCCUGAGAAAAAGAAUGUUAUGCAAUUCUAGGGUAGAAAGCAGUUGGAUUAAUAUUGGAAGUGCCACACUUUUCAUGCACAGAUGAUCUGCCAUUUCUAGUUCUGGAUUCAGCAUUAAGGAGACUCCAUACAAUUACUUAAUGUCUGAGGCAUGAGAAAGAAAUAAGGACUUCAAUUUGAGUGACAUUAACAUUGUAAUUACCAGUCUCCAAAUUCCAUAUGAAAUCAUGGUAAUCAGGUUUCAUUUCUAUCUAAAGACUGCCUGCUGCAUAUGUUCAGUACUGGUUUACCUAAUUACUGUUCAGAAUAAAGCACUAUAAAACCUGUGUCAAA